UUGCGUACUUGUCAAUUGUCAGAAAAAUGAGGUUAUGUAACUGUUGACAACUAAUUGUAAAGAGAAAGGGGCUUCAAAUCUUAUUUAUUAUUUAUUAUUUAUCGUCAAUGCUUAUAUUUUUCCGAUAAAGUUAUUUUGCUACCGACCGUGGGUCACCUCGUGUGUGGAUACGGCGGUCGGGUGUUUCAAUCACUUGUUUUUCAAGAACUACGUGACUGUUCGUGUCAACACUAUGGCUGGUCGGGACAGAUUCACACACCACAAUGAUUAAUGGUCUGGGCGUGUUGGGCUGGGGAGUGGGCGGCAUCGAAGCUGAGGCAGUCAUGCUGGGCCAAACCAUCUCGAUGUUGCUGCCCGAAGUGGUCGGUUACAAGCUGCAUGGAAGCUUAGGGCAAUACGUAACAUCUACCGACCUCGUGCUCACUAUAACGAAGAAUCUGCGACAAUUGGGAGUGGUUGGCAAGUUCGUAGAAUUCUUCGGGCCCGGAGUCACGGCUCUUUCCAUUGCUGAUCGCGCCACCAUUUCCAACAUGUGCCCCGAAUACGGCGCAACUGUUGGCUUCUUUCCCGUGGACAAAACGUCGCUCACCUAUCUGAGGCAAACAAAUAGGUCGGAAGAGCAAGUGGAGCUAAUUGAGGCGUACUUGAAGGCGACGAAUCAGCUCAGAGACUACUCAGAUGACAAGCAAGAACCGGUUUUUAGUCAAAUCGUCAGUCUGGAUCUUUCAACUGUGGUGUCGUCGGUUAGUGGGCCAAAAAGGCCCAAUGAUCGCGUUUCAGUCUCCGAGAUGAAAGAUGAUUUUCUAACAUGCCUGACCAGCAAGGUCGGCUUUAAAGGAUUUGGCAUUCCAGAGGAUAAAUUAAGCUUAAGGGCUAAGUUUAUGUUUGACGGAAAGCAGUACAGUAUCGGCCAUGGGAGUGUCGUUAUUGCUGCCAUCACUUCUUGUACCAACACCAGCAACCCCAGUGUGAUGCUGGGAGCAGGACUUUUGGCCAAAAAAGCCGUGGAAGCCGGAUUGACCGGAGUCAAAGCUGUGAUCGCAGAAUCCUUUGAACGCAUUCAUCGCUCCAACCUGGUGGGAAUGGGGCUUAUUCCAUUGCAAUUUUUGGAUGGAGAGAACGCCGACACUCUUGGACUUACCGGAAAAGAGACCUACGACAUUAAUUUGCCUGCCGAUUUGAAGCCCGGCCAACACAUUCAGAUCACCACCAACGUCGGUUUGUCAUUCGAUGUUGUAUUGCGAUUCGACACAGAAGUGGAUCUGCUAUUCUACAGAAACGGUGGAAUUUUGAACUACAUGGUGCGCAAAAUGCUUGGUUAAGUGUGCAAGUUUAACGGCGACGGUUGGGUGUUUGUUUGCUUUAAAAUGGGUGUUUAUUGGGGCCUGUAGUCAAAUGUUUGACUAGCAGUUGGUACUUAAACGAUUGGGAACAUGUUGCUUAUUAAUUUUUUAUACAUUUAAAUGGCAUUUUAAACAAUAGAUAUUUUAUUAUACUAAGCAAUAAAGUUGAAAAUGGAUGUUGUUAAAA